UCAGUGAGGAAAACCAUCACAACUUUCAUUUGGCCUUAAGGAGCUGCUCUUUCUUCAAGCGGUGUCUCUCCUCCUUCCUUGACCAUAACGAUCGAUCGAUCCAACGACAGAGACCAGGCUCCAUGGAUGAGUGGGAUCCCCCCCAGUGGAAAAAGGAAAUUGAAAGCCUUAAGUAUCAGUUGGCUUACAAGCGGGAGGUAUCCUCAAAAACAAUUCCUGAAUUCCUUAAAUGGAUUGAGGAUGGGAUCCCAGAAGAUCCAUUUCUGAACCCAGAACGGAUGAAAAACAACCCCUGGGUGGAAAGAGGAAAAUGUACAAUACUCUAGUCCACCAAGCACCAUCCCUGAUUGACAAACGCUUUCCUUUGGACCUGCUCCAAA